AUGGCUUCCCAAAACAGUGCGCAUCCCUUCGGAUAUUCUACGCCCUCCGACACUCGUCGUCGUUGGUGGUGGUCACGGCCUAUAGCGACUCUGCCAGCACCUGAAGAUCGUAAAGCCACUUCCAAGGAACUUGCGGCUUACUUUUCGCCCCUUUGGGGCGGCUUACUCACCGCCAUCGCCAUGUUCUUAAUCUUCUUGUUCACCGACGAAGCAGACCCCCACGCCAAAUUCUCCAUCCAAUCCAUCGCCAUCUCUCCAUCGACCGCCACGUAUCACGUUGACUUUCUCGUAAGAAACCCUAGCUCGAGAUAUUCUAUCUAUUACGACGACCGUGAUGCUUCGGUGAGGUUCGGUGAUGUAAACGUUGCGGUUUUUAAAAUCAUACGUGAGCGUAGCUACAGAGAUCACACGGCUUUCUCAUUGGCCUUCGAUGCUGGAGAGGUAAUAAAUGGAACCGACGUCGAGCUUCACAUCAAACUUAGAGGGAUGCAUGAGCGUUACAUAGAUUAUGAUGAAGCUGGGCAUUUUGAUAUUACAUGUCACAUCCGAAGCAAAGAAAACAUUGAGAAGAUUAAUUGCCAUUCCGGUUUUACACAUAUGAGGAUGCUUGUUUAA